GAGGCUGGAAGCGCUACACCCGGAAGUGUCUUAGGUGAGCGGGGGCCGCGCCGCCACGGCCCCACCGCCAUGGGCCGCAACAAGAAGAAGAAGCGAGAUGGUGAAGACCGGCGGCCGCGGCUCAUUUUGAGCUUCGACGAGGAGAAGCGGCGGGAGUACCUGACAGGCUUCCACAAACGCAAGGUGGAGCGGAAGAAGGCAGCCAUUGAGGAGAUCAAGCAGCGGCUCAAGGAGGAGCAGAGGAAGCUCCGGGAGGAGCGCCACCAAGAAUACUUGAAGAUGUUGGCAGAGAGAGAGGAGGCGCUGGAGGAGGCAGACGAACUGGACCGGCUGGUGACAGCAAAGACAGAGUCGGUGCAGUACGACCACCCCAACCACACGGUUACGGUGACCACCAUCAGCGACCUGGACCUCUCAGGGGCCCGGCUGCUCGGAUUGCCCCCGCCUGAGCAAGGGGCCGGGCACGGAGCCGAGGAGGAGGCGUCAUCCGUGGAGAAGCCGGCCAGAGCCUUGCCCAGGAAGUCCAGAGACCCCCUGCUGUCCCAGCGGAUCUGCUCUCUCACCGCCUCGCUGCAUGCACACAGUCGCAAAAAGGUCAAGAGGAAACAUCCCCGCCGGGGCCAGGACUCCACCAAGAAGCCCCCAAGCGCCACUCGUACCAGCAAGACCCAGCGCCGCCGGCUGACAGGCAAAGCCCGGCACAGCGGGGAGUGAGCCCUGAGACCCAGGCUGUGCCCCAGCCUUGGCUGCCAGGACCUGUCCUGUCUCAGCUUGGCUGUCCCGUAACCCAGCCUGCCCCCAGGUGAUGACAGCCCAAACUUCGGAGGCCAGCACCUCUCUGGCCUGGGGCUUGGACUCCAGAAGGUCCAGGCAGUGAAGAGCUGGCCUCCCCCAGGAAGAGCCCCCAGGGCCAGGUUUGGGGUGUCUUCCCAAAUGUAUACCCCACUGGACCUUCAUCACAUUUGUGAAACUAAGUGAUGUGUGGUUGGUUUGUCCCUGGCCCCGAUGCCACAUGCCAGGGGCAGGCGUUUGGGGGGUGGGAACUGUUGGGGGUGUGGGUUAUCCUUGUUCUCCAGCAGUUCUCCAUGUGGGUACAAAAAGGUAGUGCUAGGUCCGGGCCCCCAACUGGGGAGAAGACCAGCGCCACCACUGGUAGAAGCCAGAGUACCUCCUGCUCUGGAACAUGGGCUGGUGGGUUAGCAGGACUGGGCUCUGUCUUUUCCUGGCUGGGACGCUGGGCCUGUCCCUUCUGCUCAGCUGAAAUUGAAGGGGUGAAGACAGGGGAGUCCUGGAAUAUUCCUCACCCCCAAACUUGGGCAGCUUCCCCAGGCUUGCAGCAGCUCCCAGACAGAGCCCAACAAAGAAGGAGUGAUCAGUCCUUUGUAAAGAAAAUACAUCUCAGCUCGCCUGAAAGUAUGGCCCUCUCAGCAGGCCCCUCAGGAGGCCGGCUGCUGCUUGGUGAGGGCUGCGGCGUCUUCACACUUCUUCCGAGUAGACCUUCAGGUAUGGCUUCAGAGCCAGUGGAAACCAGCCUUGUUCCUUCCUCGUCCCAGCUUGUGAGUGACCCAUGUCACUCACACUCCACACUCUUCUGACCGAGCUGGGCUGGUGGCAGAAUCCAGGGCCACCUGCGGCGGGUGGACGCGGUGCCAGCGGGGGCAGCCAGAGUGCCUGUUCUGGAGGGUGCCUGACCUACUUGCACUGACCGCUUCCUGUGAUUGCGGGCCAGGGCACAGGAAUUUCAGGUUGUGCCCUGGUGAAGGGAGCUGGGUCAGGCCCCGCUACUAGGACUGCAAAGGGGAGAAAGAUGAGCUCUUGGCCCUGGUGAAGCUGUGGACGAGGGAGUGAGUGUGAGGGGAGCACAGGUUCCGCCCAGCCCUGCGGAGCCCGGGGCUCCUGGAGGAGGGGAGCAUGGAUCUGGGUCUGCAGGGCCGGCCUUCCCCUCUACUCACCCUGUGAAGGGCCUGUCAGGAGCAGCCCUGGCCCCGCAUUGGGCAGGCGCUCUCCCCCACCACCAUCAACCCACCAUCUGGUGCUGCCUGGCGGUUGGUGCGGGUCUGAAAACCACACUUGGCGGUGGGAACGUGCGGCUCAGCGCUUGUGCUUGGGAGGCCCAGUGACCUGGCUUCUCGGCUCCUUCCACCUGCUUCCCCUGCUGCCUUCCCAUUGUCCUCCCUGCGCUUGGGGUGGGGCGACUCGCCCUGCUGGGCUGCCUCCAUCCAGGGCACAGGGCGGGGCCUGUUACUGGGCCGUCCAGGUGGGGCUGGUACUUGCCCCAGGAAAGUGAGCCUCGCCCUCACAGGCCCUUGUGAGCAGGAGCGGAGAUGAGCCUGGGGGAUUUGCACGCAGCCGGGCUGGGGUUUGGGUCCUGGCUCUGCCCCUGGCCCACUGUGUGAGCUCCCUACUGCCAGCCUCCCUGGCGCUGUUUCCCCACGUGUGAGGUGUCAUAAGGCUCCCACCUCUCAGGCUGCCCAGAGGCUGAAGCGAGACCAUGUGCUUGAACCACUUCCCAUGGCCCCUGGCCUGCCCAGGCUGUGCCUUCCACGGGUGCGAGGCUGCUGCUGAGACGCGGGACCAGGCUCUCUUCUCCAUCCCCAGUGACAGGGCCUUUUACAUCUUACGUCUACACGUGUAGUGUUUACUAGUAUUAAAUUCUCAUCUCCUGUC